AUGUCUACAGAUUGUACCCAAAUAUUUUUCCCCUCUGAUUAAUAAAAUGAAGAAGGAUACAUUAUUGGAUUCAACACAAGAGGAUUUAAUUUUACUAUAUUACAAAUUAUAAAUAAUAAAAGCAUUGAAGAAUUAGAAAACAUAUUAAACAAUUGGGAUAAACAAGAUAGAAUUUAACUAAUUUGUGGAGUAAAUUUAAAUAUUUAUCAGUUUAGACUAAGCUAUAAGUAUUAGGAAUAGUUGGAAAAAAAAGUGAUUAAUAAUUUAGAGAAACUUGGUUGUGGUUAAAAAAUAAUAAAUUAGAAGAGUUGAUGAUAUGUGGCUAUAAAUAUUAAACAAAGUGUACAAUAGUUUAUUAUGAUAAACUAAUAUAAAAUUAGAUCAUUUCAAAUGAAAUAGAUAAUUUUUUGGAUCCUAAUCAUAAAUCAAUUUUAACAAUUAACCCUUUGAUAGCAUUUGACUAAAAUCAUUAAGAAGAGAUUACUAAAAUUUGUGAUAAAGACAAGUUAAACGAAUUGGAUUAUUCAUUAAUACAUAUUAAUUGGAGGUAACAUAUUUUAAGAGAAUUUUAUAAAUAUAUUAAUAAUAUACCUCAUUCAGAGACUAACUAUUAUUAUUGUUAUCUUAAAAACCAAAAUAUUAAUACAUUAUUGAAAAUUAUUCUUAAAAUUACUUAUUUUUAGAAUAUUGUAUUUCAUUUUUUAAUUAAAAUUAUGGAAUUUAAAAUUAUGGGUAAGAAUCUAUAAGAUUUUGGUUUCUUAUCUUACACAAUGAAAUAAGUGAAUUUUAAGUAUAACUUAUUCAAUUAAUGGAAUGAAUAAGCAGGAGAAUUAGUAUCAAAAAAUUAGCCUUUAUUUACAUCUAAUUUAAAAUAUAAUUAUCAUAAAUUAUUUUCAGGAAUUUUUUUUGUUUUUCUUGAUAUUUUAUUUGGUGUUUUAAGUUUAUUGAUACUUUAUUAUAAUGUAACUUAAUUAAGAGACUUUUUACAUAAAUAUGGAUCAAGUAUCCAUAUUGAAGUAUUAUCUAAAGAAGUAGAGUGGUUGAUGGGUUUUCCUGCAGGACUUAAAACUAAUAAACCUUUAAAUUAUGUUUUAGGAUAAAUGAUAAUGUAAAUCAUUUUACUUUGGAAUCAUAUAACUACAUUUAUUACCCCAUAUGAAAAUAUUCUCUUAAGAGCUGUUAUGAUAUUUGGACUUUUCGGAUUAAAUUUUGAAUUGUCUCUGGCUAUCGAUAUCAUCUCUUUGUGUACUAUUCAUGUGUAUUACAUUUACAAAUUAUGGAUGGUUAUAUAUAGAUAAUUAUGGGGAAUGAUAAUCUGUUUUUAUCGAAUAACCUAAAAUAAAUCCAUUAAUAAAUAUAGGAAUAAAAUAGAAGAUCAUCCUUUUUCAUGGGAUUAAAAAAUAAUUUCUAUGUUUUUAGGAUUCUUUUUACUUAUGAUGAUACCAACAGUAUCAUUAUACUAUUUUUGGUUUUUAUUAAUAGUAAUUUUUAUUUAUUUAGUUAAAUUAUCUUUAAUUAGCUUUUAAAGGAUAUUUAGUAAAUUUCCACUUUUUUUAUUGUGUUCUUAUUUAUACUUACACAAUAUACCUUAAAUUUUGGAAAUGAAUAUUUAAUAAAUUUAAAAUACAACAGUGAUAAUAAAAAUGAUUUAUAAGAAAGUGAAAAUUACACAAGUUAUAAAAUUAAAUAGUAAUUAAUAUUUAUAUAUUAGAAUUGUUUACUCUUAAUCAAUAAUUUAAUAUAGCUUAGAUCAUAAAAUCAAUUUUUGUUGGUUAGGAUAUUAUGAUCAAAUCAAAAACACAAAAAAUGCCGAUAAAAUAAAUAAAGCACAAUGUAGACCAUUUAGUACAAUUAUGA